AUGAGGUUCCCAGCCUCCCUGAGCCUGCUGGCCCUGGUGCUACAGGAAGCGAGGCAGGCUUCGCUCCCGGAGAAGGAGAGAAGGAGGAGAGAAGAGCAGCCACAAGCGGCAGGCGAUUCUAAUGCGGUUCUGCUUCCCGGGGACUAUGCCCUGAGCCUGGACAACUAUGACGAGGUCAUUGACCUGGGCAGCUACCAGGAGCUCACAGACUACGGGGACCAGGCCCCUGAGGUUAAAGGGACCAGCCUGGCUCCUCCAAACGGGAUCAGCUCCACUCAGAGCACAGUGGCUCCAAGGACACCCUCUUCCAACGCGACAGUGACCAGGCCUGCUAUGCUGGGCCUGCCGGUUUCCCCAACCAGCCACAGUAACCAUGGCCUGCCCACCUGUCUGGUCUGCGUGUGCCUUGGUUCCUCCGUGUACUGCGACGAUGCUGACCUAGAGAGCAUCCCUUGUCUUCCCCAGACAACGGCCUACCUCUACGCCCGCUUCAACAGCAUCCGCCGCAUCCGGGCUAGAGACUUCAAAGGGCUGACAAAACUGAAAAAGAUUGACCUCUCCAGCAACUUCAUCUCCACCAUCGACGACGACGCCCUCUACCUGCUGCCUGCUCUGCAGGCUCUGAUCCUCCCAGAGAACCGGCUGACAGCUCUGCCCAGGCUGCCUACGGGCAUCGAAGUCCUGGACGUCCGCCUGAAUCUGCUCCAGAGCUCGGGGAUACAGCCUGGAGCCUUCAGGGCCUUGGAGAAGCUGCAGUUCCUCUACCUGGCCGACAACCUGCUGGACUUCAUCCCUGGGCCUCUGCCCCUGAGCCUGCGCUCGCUACACCUGCAGAAUAAUAGGAUAGAGACCAUGCAGAAAGACACCUUCUGUGACCCCGAGGAGCACAAGCACACACGGAGGCCGCUGGAAGACAUCCGCCUCGACAGCAACCCCAUCAACCUGAGCCUCUUCUCCAGCGCCUACUUCUGCCUGCCACGGCUCCCCAUAGGCCGCUUCUCCUAA